AUGGUCAAAAGGGAUCUGGCCAUCGGUCUGAUCUUCUUAACACAGACUACCGUUGGAACCCUGGGCAAUUUCUCACUUCUUUGUCAUUAUAUCAUCCUUUCCUUCACUGAGUACAGGUGGAGGUCCACAGAUUUCAUUCAUAAGCACCUGAUUGUAGCCAACUUCUUAGCCCUACUCUGUAAAGGAGUCCCCCAGACCAUGGCAGCAUUUGGGUGGAAACAUUUCCUCAGUGACAUUGGAUGCAAACUUCUUCUCUUUCUUCACAGAGUGGGGAGGGGAAUGUCCAUUGGUAGCAUCUGCAUCUUGAGCGUCUACCAGGCCAUCACCAUCAGCCCUGGGAACUCCAGGUGGGCAGAACUUAAAGUUAAAGCGCCCAAAUACAUUUUCCCCUCUAUUUUCCUGUGUUGGGUCCUGCAAAUGCUGGUGAAUAUAAUUUUCCCUAUGUACUUAACGAGCACAUUGAGUGAUAAGAACAUCACAAACAAAAAGGAUUUUGGAUACUGUUCUUCGGUUCGUCAUGACAAAAUUAGAGACUCAUUGAAUACAGUGUUGUUAUCAUUCCCCGAUGUGUUAUGUCUGGGGCUCAUGCUCUGGGCCAGCAGCUCCAUGGUUUUCAUCCUGUACAGGCACAAGCAGCAGGUCCAACAUAUUCGAAGAACCAACGCCUCUUCCAGAUCCUCCCAUGAGACUAGAGCCACCAAAAUCAUCCUUCUUCUGGUGAGCAGCUUUGUCUGUUUUUACACCCUCUCCUCCAUCUUUCAAGUUGUUGUGGCUUUUUUUGAAAAUCCCAGCUGGAUCAUCAUGAAUGUCACUGCAAUUGUGUCUGUAUGUUUCCCAACUGUCAGCCCCUUUCUGCUCAUGAGCCACGACUCCAGGGUACCCAGGCUGUGCUUUGCAUGGACAAGGAAUAUAAAAUCCCCUCAUCCAGGGCACCUGGGUGGUUCAGUCCACUGAGCAUCUCACUCUUGAUUUUAGCUCAGGUCAUGAUACCAGGGUCGUGGAAUCAGCAUGGAGCCUGCUUAAGACUCUCUCUCUUUCAAAUAAAAAUUCUGUCUCUCUCAAAUAAACUUAAACUUUUUUUUAAAUAAUAAAAUCCCCUCAUCUUAGGAGAAAUAUGUAAACUGUGUGUAUUUGUAUAACGUAGUUGCCAAUUAAUUCACCCCCUUCAGUGUUCUAAAUAACACUAUGAGUCAAAAGGGAAUGAUAAAUAGGACAUGCUGAGCAGUUUCUUCAAAAUAAACAAUAAAUCAUAACAUUGUAAUGAAAUAAAAUUAUCUUGUAAAUACUUAUAUAAUUGAAGUUUUCCUAAUACUUUCAGUAGAGGAGUUCAGAAUUUAUAUGCAGUAAUAAAUGCCUGGUCUGGAAACAAUCUGUAUAUUCCAGAGAAGUCUUCCAGUGUGUGGCUUUCAAUCUAAUGCGAUAAAUUUCCAAGAAAUGCACCUGGCAUGAAAUUUGGGGAAAAGUUAUACGAAUAUGGCUUAGCAUGUGGCCUUGUCAUGCCUUCAACUGAAGAAUAUAAUGUCCCCACUAAAUAAUGAAUAGCCUGGGUGGGGCUGGAGGAAAAAAUCCAUUCUUGGGCAGUAGUGUCUCUGGGAGCCAGUUGGGAGUUUUGUAGGUAAGUCACACCCUUAC